GCAACCACAGACACUGUUACGGGAUCUGCGUUUGGCCAGGACGAAACGAGUGUGGCCAGGACGAAAGGCAGCCAAUGGCUUCGAUUGGGAGCCAGUCAAACAUGGUCCAUCGACGUGAGAUGAACAGCACCGAGAUCCGCAUCCGCCAGCAGAUUCGCAAGUCAGUUGAGCCAAAACCCAAGGCAAAGCCAACCGAACCGGGCCAAUUCUAAGAAAACGCGAGUGUGGUAGUGAAGUGAAACAACCGUGGAUGUGAGUGUGAGGGAUGGUGCCAGUGUGUGGUCUCCCUCCCCCAACUCCCUCCGCCAACUUGAAGUCAGACAUCGACAAAGGCCCACUCCUUUGGUUUUAGUUCUUUUGCUGCUGGCUUGUUAGUGUUAAGGGCACGCAGCAGCUCGUGCGCCAAAAGAAUUACCACGGCUGCAGACACAAACUGCCCCACAUACACACUUGAACAGCAAGGAUAUGUCUGGGGCGAGUGAAAAACGCAAAAAGCUUCAAUUUGAGUAGUUAAGGAGCAGCCAGGACAUGAGUAAAUCACAAAACACAAGCAUUAGGUUGGCCUCUGCCCGAAUUGCGCGUGUGUGUGUUUCCUGGCUUUAUGCAGCACUAGUUACAUAAGCCAUCAUACUUAUCAUCGGCAGCAGCUUCUGAAGACGGCCAAAGGCUUCGGUAUCGUUAGCGCCAGCCAGCUGCCAUCAGAAUGCUAUGAAUUUCGCUCUCAUGAUGGCGAGAAAUAGGGUAGGCAGUAUUGCUCUUCGCAAGAGGAGAGGGUAGGGGUGAAUCCGCUGAUACAGCAAUGCUGAUACCAGCAAUGAAAAUCGCAUUAGCAUUAGGAUGUGAUAAGAUAACAGCUAGGCGCCCAUCAGCUGGGAAGGACAACAGCACUCGCUCUCUCUCCCCCGCAAUUACCACGAACACAACUGUUGUUCAAAUUUUGGAGAACGCAUACGCACAGAUGCACCCGAGUUUGGGGAGAGGGAGGGAAGAGGCUUUUUCAAAAGGCUCGGCCCAAUGAUUCUUAUUAGGUGCCAAGGGUUAUCCCAGAAAUGCAGAGCGCCACAUUGUCCAAUUAGCCAUUGAGAGACAGUUUCGGCGGGGGACUGUUUUUAUUGGGUAAUACAGACAAAGGAAGGCGAUUAGUAACUACUACAUUUAUUUUUAGUUUGGUGAAACUUUUUACGGAGCUGCAUUAUGUCCUGUAAGAGUACGGACUCUGCUUAAGUAUGAAAGAAUUUGGGCAAUUGUUGGAUUACAGACUAAAUUUAAAUAAACAUAUAUUUGCAACCCGAAGGUAAAAUAAUAAUUAACGAAGUACCUUUUUAAAUUAAGUGAAAGUGUGAUAGAAAUUAAUAAAUAUUGAAAUAAAAUAAGUAUUUUGCACCUAUUAAAAUUUGUAUCAUUAUGUGCAUUGCAUAAUCUGCCCCUACACUUAUUGCACAUGUGUAGCAAUGAACUGCACCAAAGAAAGGAAUAAAGUGAACGCAAUCAGAUAUUUUUUACUAGCUGUAGUAGUGCAGAAAUUAAUCUCCCAUUCAGAAAUGGAACUUAUACUUAUAUGAAUUUCUUUACCAAUUGGAUCCCUACUUAAGACGGGCAGUUCUUUAAGGACAUGACUAAUUUCCGCAGGUGGCUACUUGCCAGGCCUGCUGCUCUAAGCAGCGUCAUUUGGAGUCGGAAGUUGCAUGGCUUUCCCAUUUUAGCCACAAGCAGAAGGGAGCUCAUUGAAGAUAACAGCAACAGCUGAACGUUUUCCUCCAGAAGGAAAGCGGCCUCGCGGGGAAAGUGGGCGGAAAAGUGAAGCAAAUGUGGAUAGUCCAGCUCAGCGGGUGGUUGUGUGUGCGUGCUGGGCGUGGCAAAUCGGGGCAGCAGAAACAUGAUAAGGUCUCAGAAUAAAACAUACAUUCGGAAGUACAGAACAUUUGCUUUGCGGUCGAGGAGUUGGGAGGAAUACCGCAAUUAAAUUUGCAUUAGACAAUAAAGACAGAGCGGAGUGCCCACUUGUUGUUGUACUCAGUGUAGUCCCAGCAACUAAUUACGAGAAUUUCGCAGCAGUCGAGCAGAGCGGGAUGGCAAAAACACAAUAGAUAAGCCAGGACUGUAAAUGCUUUUUUAAAAGUGCCAGCCGGAGCAGAACAUUAAGGAUAUUAUGUUGCUGCCAACAUGAACCAACAUAAGCCAACAGCACACCCCGAAAAGUGAACUGAAAAAGUGUUUUCAUCUACAAAGCACAACUAAAAGCGGAGCCAAAAUAAGAAAAUCAUAAUGAUGAUAAAUUAACAGAUCCCAGUAGUUGUUUAUGUUGUGCGAGUGAGAUAGCGAAAGCGUGGGAGGAGCACCGGAAGUGCUAGCAGCAGCAGCAGCAGCAUUUGCACCGCAGCCACAUUGCAGCAGCAGCAACGGCGAAGUCGAAAUAAGUAAAUAAACAAACGAACCAUCUAGCAUUAUCACAAAACGGCAAGUCUCAUUUUUAACCCGGCUGCCUGGCUUCACUUUCGCCUUCUUCACCCAACUCGUCCUCCAUCCCAACCGAUCCCCAAAAGCUGGCAAGCUGGCGUCGUUCAAGCAGAUGAAUAUCAAUAGCACCAUAAGCAAUUACAACAACAAUAUAAUGUGGAGUAGUACUAUAUCGCCAACAAACUCUAAGAAACUGUUGAUCGGAAGCACACGAAGCGUUGAUUAUGUCGGUGAUAGUACGAGGACAGCAGCAGGCAAUAUCAAAACAGGAGCAGCAGCAGCCGCAGGAGCCAAAGGAUCAAAAGCCAAAGCCACCGCCAUCGCAGCCACAACCCCCACAACCAAGAUCUCAAUUGAAAUGGAGCUCCACAUACAAAAUAAGUGCAUCUCGGCAUAGCGCAUCACUCUGGAGGGUGGUGCGGAGCCGCCAUGGCUGCAGGGCCCCCUUAAGGCCGCGUUUUUGGGGGCUACUGGGGUCGGCAAAACAAGCAUACUACAGCAAUUUUUCUACCAUGACUUUCCCAGAACACAUCAGACGACAACGCAUCGAAAGAUUUACAAAAACUGUUUGGUCUGCGACACCUGCAUACGUGAGCUGAUGGUACUGGACGUUCCUCCCCAGAAGCGAUUUCCGGCUGACAACUUCGCUGAGUGGAACAACGGACAUCCGCUGGGGCUGCGAACGGUGCACGCCUAUGUCUUGGUCUACGACAUGGGCAACUUGGAGACCUUUCAAUACUGCCGCUCGAUGAGAGAUCAGAUCUUGGACAGUUUCAGUCAUCGUGAUUUUAGCAUAAUUGUGGUCGGCAAUAAAUUUGACAAUGUGACUGUGGCGCAGGCCAACUCGCAGGAGCUCAAGGAUAUUUCCACUCUGGUGCGCAAACAUUGGCGUUGCGGCUACAUCGAGUGCUCGGCGCAAUAUAACUACAAAAUCGGAGACGUUUUCCGUGAGCUGAUGGGCUGCACCAGCGCGGGAGGAGGAGGCGGCGCCGGCGGAGGCAUGGCCGGGGUCGGUGGCCUGGUUGGCACUGAGUACUCACAAUCAACUAGGAAUAAAGGACGCUGUACAAUACUGUAGCAAAAGUUGCAUAAGUUUUAUAAGCAAACGCGCUGAUCUGGCGCAUUAGAUCCAAGUUAAUUCGUUGCGAGCUACCGCAGCUGGGACACGGUGGCGUAUACGCAAUCUACAGGGAGGAAGCACAAAGACGAAACUGUUGCCCGUUGCCAACGCUUGCUGAUGCAUAUUUUACCAUAUAUUUUUAGUGUCCACACUCCGCACAGCUUCUGCUUUGUUUGCUAUUAUUACAACAUUUUUGUGGCUGUUUCCAUGAGGACACGGUUGGCCAGCACCCAAAUCCCGAUCCUGGCGACAGCUUUUGUGACUCCGCAUUUGCAAUUCAAUGCCGUUAGGUUGCAGGAAGUGCAGUGGUCAUGAAUAUGCAGCGAUAUCCGCAAAGUGCACCCACAAUUGCCUGCAAAAUUUUAUUCCUUUGCGUUUCCUAUUAUCGUUGGCGGUAUUAUUUCUGUCGUGGAUCGUAAGUAGGUAAUUAAUCCCACCAUAAUUUACAAUACGUUUCAUGAAAAACGAAUAACCUUGUUAUAAAAUGAACUAAAGACGUAUAGGAACUAAAGUAGUUGACCUAAGCUAUACACAUAUACUUAAACAUAUAUGUAUACAUUAACGUUGUGAUCAUUUCAAGAAUUAGUUCUUAAGGCACACCGACCCAGAACGUCUACUUAUGUCAAGUAAAAUCAAGUAUUCGAAACGGGAUAACCAGAAAUAUUUAGCUAUAGGACUACAUACGAGUAAGAGCAAUUUAAUAAAAAGCCCUAAGUGAUUGAAAAGCGAUUGAAGGCGGUAAAAUCAAACAGUUAUAAUCAUCCCAUAAAAAACCUUAACAGGCCUUCUCUAUAAUCCAUAAAUAUAAUUUGCGCACAAGAGCAAUUGGACGUCCUUCGAAAAGUACUUGAAAUUAUUUACAAUUAUAAUUUGUCUAUGUUUCGACAUCGAGGAACCGUGAUCCAGAAGCCAGAAGCAAAGACUUCAUAGAACAACACCUUAGAGUAAAGUAAGAUUACAACUCGAUUGAAGCGCACAAAAACCGAGGAUUCUGAUACCAUCGCAUUCUCGAAGCUGUCACACCCCAGAUUAAUGAUCGAAAGCAACAUUUGGGUAGAGUAGUAUCAAUAUGGCCGAUCUAUUAGAAAGGUAUUGAGACACCCUACCGUACUAUCCACAGUCAAGUUAGUUAGGUUCUGUGCUGAUCUACGAAACACGUACAUACAAUUCUGAUCUCUUUCUUUACCUCAAGAAAACAAAUUACUCAAAAGAAAAGCAAUCAAGGCUGACUUUGUACAUAGGGAUUUCAAUGAAAGAACUUGGCGAAAAGCUAUGGAAACCGACUUUUACAGCAAUAUAAGUAAGCUCUAACUGAUGCAAGGUAUUUAAGUGGGCGCACUGCCAAGAUUGGUUACACUCUUAGUUGAGUGCUCGGCUUAUAUUCUAGGAAUAGCUGAGGUAACAAGUAUCUUAAAACAAUUUUACGGCAUUACUAUACUUCAAGGUUAAGCAAUGGAAAGUUAAUAAUAAUACAAGGGGACUAGCCCAUUAUUGUUAUAUACACUAUUAUUAUACAUUUGGCGGCAUUAAGUUGGAGGGGGUAAGAUUUCAAAGAUGCUUCGUUUUAGGAUGUCAUUAGGAAAAUUUGUAAUGUGCUUAUUUUAUGUAUUAACAACGUACAAAAUAAGGUACACAUAACCAGUUGUCUACUCCUCCUACAUAAAUAAUGUGUCUUGCGUCAAAUAUAAAUUAUAUCUCGUUUAAUGAGAAAUAAAAUUUCCUUUGUAAUAUUUUUUAUAUUUAAAUUUUUGUAUAUUUUUUGUGGCACUUGAAAGUCAAAAUGUCAAAUAUCUUAAAUAUUUUAAUUUUUUUUUAAUAUAAAAUUUUACUUUUUUACAACAUGGAUGAUUCUGGUGCAAGGAUGUUCACCGACUUCAGAAAUAAUACAAAAGCGCGGUCAUCCUUGUAAAAACUUUGCUGCUGGAGUUUGCUUAAACUGCUGUAGCUUUGUUAAUUUUACACAAUAUUCUUGAAAAAUAAAUAAAAUUAAAAAACAUUACCAUCUCCGUAAUAAAGGAUGAGGUGUCUAAUGAUAUAAGCAGCCUAAAAACCGGGAAUUUUCAUACUGUACCCAUUACCGAACUGAAACCAACUUGAGAAAUGUGUUUAUGAUAUGCCUCUAUCCAAACUGAAACCCCAUUCCAAACUUGCAUUACUCUUCGCAUGUAAGCAACAAAAAGUCCGAAGUAGACAUACUUAUAUAAGAUACCUAUAUAUACACAUAUUUAAAUGUAACGAUAAUUGUACUAGUUUGGUUCAGGUUUUACUUUGAUUUCCAACUUUACGGAUUCGUCAAAAUGGCUGUUAAUUUUUGAGAAAUAAAAUGCUAACGCAAAACAGUUGAGAGUUAAAAAAUGGUUAAGCAAGGACAAUUGUUGAAUUAUUUACAUUCAAGCAACGCGAAGCCCGCGACAAUUUAAAAACAGGAGAAUGUAGUGUAGCAAAUAUAAUAAAAUAUAUACUACGAAUCAAAUGCUUCAACUGCUUGUUGUUUGUUCAUACCAUUCAAACGUAAAUAAAUUUAAGUGAAGCCGCUAGGUUUAGAUAAAUAUUACCAACGGCGUAAGGCGGUCAUGAUCUCUAUUAUUUUUUUUAUAAUAAAAGGCAUGACGCUAAUGCAAGUAGACAAACAUUGUUAAUUGGACAGAGUAGCAAGAGAAACGCACCGAACAAAAUGUUAAGCAAUCGUUUAUAAAAUGCCGCCGGAAACGGAAGCUGACAAGUUGUACUUAGUGUAGAACGCACAACGAUGGCGUAUGUUCGACGACAACCGUUAGCAAAGUAGAUAAUGUUUUUGGAAAAUGCGCUCCGGCGCUGAUAAUAAAAGAAGUGAUAUAUAAAAAAUAAAA